GUGAAAAACCGGAAGGACUGUGAGUUCGAGAAAAAGUUCCCGUAUGCCACAGACUACAAGGUGCCUUUGGAGCUGGCAGCCAUUCGAGGAUAUGUGAUUGGCUUGCAGAAAUCGACGCCCUCAGAGUUGCCAACAUCAUCGCUGCUGGCAUUGAACUUGAGCCAACACGUUGGUCGAAGACGUCCUGGAGAAUUAGGUCCAGGUGGUCAUGUGAUCUGGCGAAGGCCAAGACUACCUAUCCGGGACUGGAGCGUGCAAAAAAAGCAGCAUGGAGAUGUAGUAGCCCUUCUUUCAGAUGACGGGCGAGAAGUGGAGAUUUUGGAGAUUUUGAUGCAGGUCUACACGCCGCCUUCAACCAGCGACCCCUUCUCCAACUUUAAGCUGCCGGUGAUGGCUUGUGCAGUGGUGCUUCUGCUAGGCUAUCAGUUCAUGAAACAAAAGGGCUCAGGCUCUGGCCUUCCCGGCCUUGGUGGGGGACGUGGAAAGUUUGGAAAGAGCGACUUUGCAAGUCUGCUCAACAAGAAGAAGAUGGGGGGCUUGAAGGGCAAGAGGCUGGACCUGGAAUGGCUGGAAGCGGGUACCACAACCCACAAGACGUAA